GCGCGAGAGCAGAGUGAGAGUGGCGGCGCGUGCCGGCGCUCUUUCGUGUACUGCGAGUUUGGAGAAAAAGCAUCUGAGACUGACGUCCGGCAAUGGAGUCUCUGUUUGGGGGCGAUCUGGGCCUCCUAGCAGGAGGUGAGGGGCUCAAGGAAGACGGCUGCGGGGUGGGCUGGUCCAGUGCCCCCCUCCCUGAUGAUAUCUACUCCGCCUCCCACUUUGCGCUCAUCACCGCCUACCAUGACAUCAAGAGUCGGCUCGCCGGCCUCGAGCGUGAGAACAGCAGCAUUAAGAGGAAGCUGAAGAUGUAUGAGAUCAAGUUCCCUAUGAUUGGCGAGUUCGGGGAGGACAGGAACUCGUACUGCUCCUUUGAGCCCAAGGAGACCGUGCUGCUGCAGUCGGAGAAUGAGAACUUGCAGCAGAAGGUCAACACCCUGACCCAGGAGCUCCAGAAGAGUAAAGAACGCGAAGAGCAGCUGGAGGACGUGAUCCAGGCCUAUGAGAAGAUUCACAUGGAGAAAAGCAAUUUGCAGAGGGACCUCGACAAGAUGACCACACUGGUGGAGAAGCACGUGGAGCGAAUCCGUAACCUCGAGUCAGCCCUGCGGCAGCGCGACACCUCCUUGCAGAAGCUCAACUCCCAGCUGCACAGCAAGGACAUGCAGUACUUGCAGCUGCACGCCAGCCCUGCCGUGUCCCACAUGCUGGACUGCCCAGCCCUGACGCUGCAGAGUUCCCGUAGCCUGGACACGCUCUCAGACCUGAAACUCCAGCGACUGGAGGCGGAGCUUGAGGGGGCACGGCACGAGGCUCAGGGCGCCUGCAGGAGGGAGGAAGAACUCAAGGCUGAGUGUGAGCGGCUGCAGGAGGAGCUCAGACAGCUGCAGGCCUCACAACGACAGCAGGAGAUCCCGGCGCCGUGUGAGAGGUGCAACAUGGUGUGGAUCAAGAAGGCAGGAGAUGAACAGGUGAACCUCGCUCUGGCCUACACAGAACUCAGUGAGGAGCUCAGCCGUCUGCGGGCCCUCAGCAGCAAGCAGAGCGAGAUCCUCAGGAAGGCGUCCCAAGAACAGGCCAGUCCAGUCCAGCACCACUCGCCCAUCCCCCACCAGCGGCACUCUCCCAUCCCUCAGCGCCACUCGCCCAUCCCCCAGCGACACUCCCCCGUGCCGCAGCGCCGAUCUCCGGUGCUGCAGCGCCUGUCGCCAGACAUACACCGGCGCUCCCCGCAUGCUGAGCCCAGCGACGGACCCGCCUCGUAUUCAUGCCGACCCACCAGCCACCACCUGCGCGCCAGUUUCCAGGGUCGCCGCAGCUACUCGGAGGUGGCCGACCCUUCUGCCUACCAGCGUCCCCCACGCUUCACCUUGGACCCCGUUUCCACCCUCCCCAAGCCCCGGCCCUAUGCCGAGGGUUACCCUAAGCAGCAGCACGGGGGGCCCCAGCCCGGGGUGCAGGGCAGCGGGGGCAGUGUGGCAGGAAGCCCUCGCCAUACCCGAGAGCUCCCCUUCCCUCUCACAGAGGUGCCCCACCUGCGCUUCGAGCCACCGCCUGCCCAAACAACCCUGCUGCCACCACCACCACCACAGUCUUCAGAGGAUGAGGAGGAAUGGGCCUGCGCUCACUCCACCAGCCCACCUCGUACCCUGGGCUCCCCCGGCGCUGCUGCCAUUGCCAUCCGCGGGCCUGCUUCCUGCUCCACCUUCCCCAUUCCGACGGGACCCAACACGCUGAGCUGCCACCCACCUGGGUACCUGCACGCUGACCAUGCCCAGUCCUGGCCCUCCAUCAACCUGUGGAUGGAAACGGAGGAGAAUGACAUCAGGAGCUGCCCGCUCUGCCAGCUCGUCUUCCCCAUCGGUUAUCCUGACGACGCACUCAUCAAACACAUCGAUACUCACCUGGAGAACAGCAAGAUCUGAGGCCCUCCACCAGGCCCCACUUGUCCCAUCCCUUCGCGCAGCCUCUGAGGGCUUGUGGGAGCGUCGCCGGUUCGAUGGCCACCUGUCUUCAGAAUCGAGUCACAGAAGGCAGCGCCGGGAGACUGUAGGGCCACCGCUGAGUGAUGGUCAGCUACUUCCCGCGCAAACCUGAUGGGCCGGUUUAGAUGAGCACCCCCGUGUGGCUUUCUUGCAGGACAGCGAGGGUGGGUGCUGCAAUGGGGGGGGCUACCGGGAAGACGGGAAACCCGUGCGAUAAUUCACGUUUGUCUGCACGCGUUCAUGUUUGUCAUGUGGUCAGUUUUUGCAAUUGUGUGAACCAUUGCUGUUGUCUGUGGAACGUCCUGCCGCUCAGCAGCACCUUGGUCAUUCUAAAGUGUAGUUCCACAAAACUCACGCACGCACGCACGCACGCACGCACACACACACACACACGUGUGCCAUUACAAGAUGUUUUUAAAGAAGUAGCAACAGAAUAACAGGAACAACAUUCACUGACUCACUGCCAGCAGGGCAACAGCACAUUUAUAACCUGUACAAAACCAGAAGAAACAUACUUAACCAAUUUAGGAAGGUAAAACCAUGAAGGGCUGCACUGUGGACUGGUUCACACUCCACCUGCACACUUAUGCACUUGACUAAAACUAUGAUAAUGAUGCUUUUGAACUGUUAAAUGUUAUUUUCUUAUUACCUUCUGGUUUUUACUAAGGUUACAGUGAAGCAAGCAUCGUAUGACCACGAUCACCGUGUUCUGCAUUAUUUCUUUGUUUUAUUGUCAUCGUCUUCUGAAAGUGAAUUUGUACAGCCGGCAGCGCAAUGGCUGGCCACAGCCCCCACAUCCUCCUCUUCAUCUAAAGCUCCAAAUGCAUCCGUAAGGUUCUUCUUUGGUUGCACAGUUUGAGCCAAUCUUUUCUCUGCAGCCUCUGCUUUGGUUCUUUUCCUUUCUUGAGAGUGUGUUGGAGAACAAAUCAGAUAUUCCAAGUUGGAUUUAAGCACGUCGUGUUCUGUCAAGUCCGGCAUUUCAGAAUCAGUAUUGCGGGGUGGAAAAUGUCAAAGCUGUGGGUCUCUGAAGCGAAGCCAACAUUUAAGCAGCCGUCUUACAAAGCGGCCAAGUGACUGACUGGGUGACACUUGUUCCAUAGACUGGCAUGUUGAGCACUUAGUGCGCUGAGAUACAAGAAGGUUGAGAACUUGAUUGGUUUAUUGCAGCCUGAAGCAUUACACUCCCUCCACCAGGCUUCAUAGCUGGGAUGAGUUCUGAUGUCGGUAUGCAGUGAUUUGUUUCCUAAAAAACUUGAGAUGGAUGCCAUUAUUUUGUUUGAGAGCAGUAGUUUCCUCCCUCGUGACCUCCCAUGAACACCACUCUUCAGUGGUUCAGUGUCUUUUUUAUGGUCAACUCAUGAGCACAGCUCUUCUGCUGAGCUCCUCUGAAAUCUCUUUUCAUGAGAUAUGCCAUAUGCCAUAUAUGAAGUUCCCUAUAGCACUGCAGCAGAACACUGUUGUGAAGGGAAGGUGACCAGAAUUAUGUGGCAAGUCAAACCCACACCUUAAGUGACUGGGACAAUUCAUUCAUCACUCUGGACACCUGGCUCCAGUUACCCUCUUUUCAGUAAUUCCAAAGGGUUUACAAACUUUUCCUUUUGACUUUGUACAAAGACACAGCUCACAUUACUGCCCAUUUUUUUCCCAUUCGAUGUACUGAUGAUGCUCCCUCGAAUGGCAGUAAAAUCUUUGCUAGGAAAAAAUGCAGAAAACCGAAUAAUGGUGUCAGUCCUCCAAAACUUGCCAUUUUCUCUUUUAUCUGUAACCAUUAGUGUCUGUACCAAUCACAUUGUUCAGAGAAUUUUUAACUUCAGACUGAGUUUUCCUUGUAUGAACAUUCAAGGGUUGAAGAUCUUUCUUUUAGGAAUGAUUUGAAUUUUGUUGGUUGCUCAUCAGGGGCCACAACCUGUCUCUUUCACGUUCAAAACAAGUUGCUUUUAUAAAAGUCAUUCUUACCAGAAGAGCUCUGUGACAUGAGCGCAUGGUACAUUUCGCAGCUCCGGACAAAGUUCCCCCCUGCUGCAGUUGACAUUUGUUCAUUCCUGCGCUUCUGUUUGGAGAAGAUUGUCUAGCAAAAGCAACGCCUUGAAAAUGCACCGAAAAUAACUGCUAUUGCUGAACCAAGUUGGGCGAUUCACGUUUUUCUGCAUUUCCCUUAUCCGUUUGUGAGCGUAACCGUGGUAAAGGCAUUGUGACUACUUCUUUUAUCUUCACAGCUUUGUUAGUCAGAUGCUGCUGGACAAAUGCGACAGACGCUGCGGUGAGUUAAACCGAAAGUGGCACCUCUGUAGAUCAGGGUGCCUGUCUGAUCCCUUUGUGGGAUGGCAUGUUCCUGUCUUAGUGCUGACAUGUCACACUGUGUCACACCUGCUCUACCUUUACAGCUCAUUUAUACCCUGCUGUGACUUCAUACACACUAACGUCCACAGAGCUCAGGUGCAGUUAAAUGGUGUGAAACAGGGGGUCGUUACGCUUCAGAGCCACAGCCUUUUUCCUUUGAUGUUAUAGGUCUAAAUUUUCAAGUAAAAAAAUUUUUCAAGUGAAAAAAUUGCCCAGCUGUUUAAAUUGGUAAAUCGGUAUAAGUAACUUAGCAUUGUAAGUCACCUUGUUGAAAUGAAUAAAUGUUAAUGACCUCUAAUAGCCACAGCAGUUACCCUCUUGGUUGGGAUUUUCUUCUUCUUAUAUGUUUAUUUAGUUGCCUGUUGGCUAAUAGAUGACACACAGAAGUGACUUGUUUUUGAUGAAUAGAAAUUUAACACUGACUGGUUAUAUACACUGAAAAAAGUUAGUUCUGUGUUUGUUUUGCCAAUGGGCAAAGAAGUGUGAAGGAAGAACCAGUUGUGUAGGACAGCAGGUUAAAAAGAAAUUUCCAGUAUUUCUUUCAGAUUAAUUGACCUUUCAGUCUUUUGAACAUUCAGUGGGUUACAUUAAUAUCUGUGCACAAAUUAAAUAAAUACAAAACACAAAUAUUAAUGGGUGCGGUGUAGUGUCAGAGCCAACCGGUCAGUGUCUGCCAUGUUCAUUGCAGCUCUGUCCAGGUAACAGAUCACACUUUCUUUCUGUAUCCCUAUUACAACUGAGUAAAUGUGAAUUAAAAUAUGAAUAUUCGUAUUGUUUCCCAGUACAAGUCUGGGUAGCUAGAUUAAAGUUUAAAGCCUUUAUUUUUUAAUUUGGUUGGUUGAUUUAGCUACCCUGUUUCACAGUUCAGUUGGGCACUGCUAUGCUACUAUAAAUUGCUUUUUAUUUAUUACACUGGGUGUUCGAAGAGAUGCUCCACUUCUUCAGUAUUCCUGUAUUUUGUCAGUGUUUUUUUUAUCCGGAUUGAUGAAUGCUGCCUUUUGGAAAUCCUAGUUAUAACAAAAGGUGGUGUUGAAAUUCUGUGCUUCAUGAGAUUUCAAUAAGUCAUCAUUUUAGAAUUUCAGAAUGACGGGACUGGAAAGGCACACCCUCAUUUCAGACUUUCACCUACCGAUUUUUCUAUUACCAGUACGAUGAGCUCAGUGAACAGGUCUGGAAAACCAUCCAGGUUACCUUUAUUAAUACACCUAUGCUUUGGAAAAGCAAUACUAACUACUCAUAUCUGUUUAUUUGUCUGCUUGAAUCCUGCUUUCUCCUGUAUAGUUUAAUGACUCCAUUUGCUUAGCUGGCAUUUUCUCACUGCAGCUUGAGUCAAGUUCCAAGAAAGCGAAAGUGAGCAAAACAACCUGCGGUCAAAAUCCACUUUAAAAUACGCCACAGGCAUCACAGAUAAUUUUUAAUCAAAUUUCUUUUUAAUGUUAGGUUGCUCAUUGUAGACCCUAGAUUUUUACCUAAUUUUACGUGUGAU